GGCACCUCGGGGGCGCAGUAGGUGGCUAGUCCGGCCGAGGUCUGAGGGACGCGGGGCCGGCCUGGAGCGCCAUGAGCAGCCCGGAUGCGGGAUACGCCAGUGACGACCAGACCCAGAUUCGGAGCGCGCUGCCCCCGGUGAUGGCGGGGCUGGGCUCCUGUCCGUGGGCCGAGUCGCUGAGUCCCCUUGGAGACAUGAAGGUGAAGGUCGAGGCGGCGUCGGGCAGCGGCGCGCCAGCCGGGAGCUCAGGCCGGGCCAAAGGCGAGUCUCGCAUCCGGCGGCCGAUGAACGCCUUCAUGGUGUGGGCGAAGGACGAGCGCAAGCGCCUGGCGCAGCAGAACCCAGACCUGCACAAUGCCGAGCUGAGCAAGAUGCUGGGUAAAUCGUGGAAGGCGCUGACGCUGGCAGAGAAGCGGCCGUUCGUGGAGGAGGCCGAGCGGCUGCGGGUGCAGCACAUGCAGGAUCACCCCAACUACAAGUACCGGCCACGGCGCCGCAAGCAGGUGAAGCGGCUCAAGAGGGUGGAGGGCGGCUUCCUGCACGGCCUUGCGGAGCCGCCCGCCGCGCUGGGCCCCGAGGGCUGCCGCGGGGGCGCAGACGGCCUGGCCCUGCCCUUCGAGCAGGCUUUCCCCGCCGGCCCGCCACUGCUGCCCCCGCACCUGGGCGCCCACUAUCGCGACUGCCAGGGCCUCGGCGCGCCUCCCCUGGACGGCUACCCGCUGCCCACGCCUGACACGUCCCCGCUGGUGGACGGCGUGGACCCCGACCCAGCCUUCUUUGCUCCGCUGCCCGUGGACUGCCCAGGGGGUCCGGGCGCCUACAACUACCCGCAGGCUGCGGACUACGCAGGGCCCCCCGAGCCCCCCAGCGGACCCCUGCACGCGCGCCUGGGCCCGGAGCCCGCGGGCCCCGCGCUGCCAGGCCUCCUGCCACCCCCCGGCGCCCUGCACAUGUACUACGGCGCUCUCGGCUCCCCGCCGGCCCCGGGAGGUCCGCGCUGCUUCUCGAUGGCGCCCCCGGCCCCCGCUGGCCCUGGGCAGCCAUCGCCCCCUCCGGAGGCGCUGCCCUGCCGGGAGGGCGCAGACCCUGGCCAACCCGCUGAGAUUCUUGGGGAGAUGGAUCGCACGGAGUUCGAACAGUACCUGCACUUCGUGUGCAAGCCCGACAUGGGCCUCCCGUACCAGGGCCACGACACCGGGGUGACUAUGGCGGACAGCCACGGGUCGCUGUCCUCCGUGGUGUCCGACGCCAGCUCGGCGGUCUACUACUGCAACUACCCGGACGUUUGA